AUGCUCGGCUACAAAGGGAACGCGUUGGACGGCAGCUGGGAGGUGUGGAGCGAGUGGUCGGUGUGCAGCCCCGAGUGCGAGCACCUGCGCGUGCGGGAGUGCGCCGCGCCCGCGCCCCGCAACGGCGGCAAGCACUGCGAGGGCCUGAGCCAGGAGUCCGAGAACUGCACCGAGGGGCUCUGCAUCCAAGACGUGGAGCGCGGCGGGGACAUCGCGCUGUACUCGGGGCUGGCGGCGGCGGUGCUGGCGGUGGCCGUGCUGGCGCUGGGGGUGACCCUGUACCGGCGCAGUCAGAGUGAGUACGGCGUGGAUGUCAUUGAUUCCUCUGCACUCACGGGAGGCUUCCAGACUUUUAAUUUUAAAACAGUCAGACAAGGUAACUCCCUGCUCCUGAACUCGUCCCUGCAGCCCGAGCUGACGGUCAGCAGGACCUACAGCGGCCCCAUCUGCCUGCAGGACCCCCUGGACAAGGAGCUGAUGACCGAGUCCUCGCUCUUCAACCCCCUGGCCGACAUCAAGGUCAAGGUGCAGAGCUCCUUCAUGGUGUCCCUGGGCGUCACCGAGAGGGCCGAGUACCACGGCAAGGCCCACCCCGGCACCUUCCCCCACGGCAGCCCGCGGCCCUUCGGGACCCUGCAGGCCAGGAACAAGGCCAUGUUCAUCCAGCACCUGGCCUCCAUCUCCAGCAGCAGCGAGCUCAGGAGCUCGGCCCUCUUCGGGCACCUGGGGGGCCGCCUGGUGGUCCCCAACACAGGGGUCAGCCUGUUAAUUCCACACGGGGCUAUUCCUGAGGAGAGUUCCUGGGAAAUCUACCUGGCCAUCACCCAGAAGGAGUCCAGCCUGGAGCCGGAGGGCCCCGAGGUGCUGCUGGGGCCCGAGGUGAGCUGCGGGCCCCCCGAGCUGGCGGUGAGCACCCCGUGCGCCCUGAGCAUCCCGCACUGCGCCCACGCCGACCCCCAGCACUGGAGCAUCCGCCUCAAGAGGAGGACGCAGCAGGGCAAGUGGGAGGAAGUGAUGUCUGUGGAAGAGGAAACUACUUCUUGCUACUGCCUGUUGGAUCCUUAUGCCUGUCACAUUCUCUUAAACAGCUUUGGAACUUAUGCCCUAAUUGGGGAACCCAUCUCAGACUGCGCCGUUCGACAGCUGAAAGUCGCCGUUUUUGGCUGCCUGUCUUGCAAUUCUCUGGAUUACAAUCUGAGGGUUUAUUGUGUGGAUAACACCCCUUGUGCAUUCCAGGAAGUGGUUUCAGAUGAAAGACUCCAAGGGGGGCAAUUGCUGGAGGAACCCAAACUUUUGCAUUUUAAAGGCAACACCUGCAGCCUGCAGAUCUCGGUGCUGGACGUCCCUCCCUUCCUGUGGAGAAUCAAACCCUUCACUGCCUGCCAGGAGGUGCCAUUCUCCCGCGUGUGGCGCGGCAGCCCCCGGCCCCUGCUCGGCGCCUUCUCCCUGGAGCGCUUCAGCCCCGCCACCACCCAGCUGUGCUGCACCGUGUGCGUCAGGCAGCUGCAGGGCCACGAGCAGCUGCUGCACAUCCAGACCUCCGUCCUCGAGACUGAGAGAGAAAACAUCACCUUCUUUGGCCAUGAGGACAGCGCCUUCCCCGCCCAGCUGGGCCCCAAGGCCUUCAAGAUCCCGCGCUCCAUCCGGCAGCGCAUCUGCGCCACCUUCGACGCGCCCAGCGCCAGGGGCAAGGACUGGCAGAUGCUGGCCCAGAAGAACAGCAUCAGCAGGAACCUCUCCUUCUUCGCCACCCAGAGCAGCCCCUCCGCCGUCAUCCUGGACCUGUGGGAGGCACGGCACCAGCACGACGGGGACCUGGACUCGCUGGCCUGUGCGCUGGAGGAGAUUGGCAGGACACACUCCCAGCUCUCCGAGGGGGCAGAGCCCGAGCUGCAGGAGCCCGAGUUCCCCUGCAGCAGGAAGGGCCUUUAGCCCCCUGCCCCGCCGGGACAGCGGGGACAGGAGGGUUCGUGGGGAUGGAACCCACCCCACAGCAGCGCAGCGGGAGGAGCAGAACCAGCCCUGCUAAAAACCCUCUGUGGUGAGGAAAACGAGCUUCUCCCUGCCCUCCUCCUCUUAAAAUCCGUCCUUUGGCGCCCCAAACAAACCUGCACUUGUGUCAGUGCCGGGGCAGGAGGGAGAGAGACACAGAGCCAUAAGAGGUAAAUGUUAUUCUGUAUUUAGGAACAGUCAUGUUCGUGUACUGCCUAGUGAAAAUCAACAAAUAAUGUUGGAUAUUUCGAGCCACUGGAGGUUGGUCCUGGUUAAAAGGUUUCUCGCUUCGAGAGUGGUUUAAAAUCCCAUCACGUUGUCACUUUAUGUCUGCUACAGGAAAACUGAAAAUUUGGCCUUAUCCUGUUCAGAUGUUUGAGGAAUUAGAAGAUCUCAUCAUUAUUUCAUAUCAUGUGUAUUCCAAAUAAUUCGUUUUAAAAAUUCAGCCCCUUAAUGAAUGUAUGUUUGCUGCAGAGCUUUGCUGCCUGCUCUGUUACCAAAAUUCCAGAACAAACCCCUUCUCUCUGAGACUGGGGGGUGUGCACACGCCAGAGGAAUUUUCUAAUUUUCUACGUCUGCAAA